UAUAGUUGAUAUUUAAAUAUUUAAUAAUUUGUUGUGUAUAUGUAUGUGUCUAAUUGAAAAAAUCUAAACAAGUGUUGAUAAUGAGAUAUUAUAUGAUGUAUUUAAUUAUUCAAAUAAUCAAAAAUUUAAAAUAUUUUUAUGAUACAUAGUGUAAUUUAUUAUAAUACUGUGUAUUUUAAUUUUAAAUUUGUAAUUCAAAAUGACAACUAACGUGUCACCAAAUAGGUCGAAUAUAAUUUCAUCAUCACAUCCAAGUAAAGGUUCUUUAACAGACCGACCUAGUAGUUGUUCUAAUAAGAGUCUAGAGCACAAUAAAUCAUGUCCGGUCCAUUCAAGACCUUUAUCAUAUAAAACGAUUGGACAAUGUCAUGACAAAAUUGAAGAGUUAGAAAAACAAAAUAUUCGUCUUGUUUCAAAGAUUAAAGUGUUGAAAUAUCAAUUGAAAACAUCUUCUAACUUAUACAACAAUAUUCACCAAAGACCAGAGAAACCUUUGUCCAGACAUUCUCAAAGAUCAACUCCAAUAAAAUUACAGAAAAUGUCUAGAUUAUCUAGGGUAGGUUUUGAUGAAAAUGAAAAGAUUAUUACGCUUCCUGAAAGAAAGUUCGAAAGCACAGAAUCAUUUGAUAGUGAAAGUAGCUUAGUAGAAAAUAAAAGUAAAUUUAAAGAGAAUAUUGAAUUAAUACAAUCUCACAGAGUUAUAAAAAGUAUGGAAAUUCAAAUGGAAACUUUACAAGCACAAUGUAAAGCUUUUGAACAAAAUUUAAUUGAUGUUAAUAAAUUAUUUAAAAAAAAACAAGAUGAAUAUGACAAGUUAAAAGAGAAAUUAAAUAACGAAGAACACAAUUUAAGUGAAUUAAAACUAAAGUACAAUGCAUUUAAAGAAUCAAAUAAAGCGUUGGAAGAACAAAUUCGUGACUUACAGAAAGAAAAGUUGUCACUUAAAGAACACAAUCAAAAACUUCUGCAAAUAACUUCCAAACCACAACAUCAAAUUAGUGGAUUAAAGUUGAAAGAAUUAGAAGAAAAUUUUUCGGACUCUCGAGCGGGUCUUUUAAAACAAAUGGAAGAAAAUAGCAAAUACAUCGCCGAAUUAAAAGGAACUAUAAACGAAAAUGAAAUAAAAUUGUCCAACUAUAUAGAUGAGAAUAAAUGCUUGAAGAUUUUGUUACAGAAUCAACACUCAGAACUAUCUAAACUGUUGGAAUUAAAAGAUAAUGAAAUUUCAAAUAAAUACAAAGAAAUCAAUCAAAUUCUACAAGAAAAUAGCGAAUUAAAAGAAAAAAUCAAGAUUAUUAUUAAGACUCCACAAGUAAAUGACAGUGAAGAUGUCACAGUUCAUCAAAAUUUAGAAUCGGAAGAUAAGAGACUGAAAAGUCAAAUCCAAGAACUUCAACAGGAGCAAGUUAAAAUUAAUCAAACGUUGAACUCUCAAUCUUACUUAAACACGAUGCUAAAAGAUAAAUUAGAUCAAGCAGAGCGAGAUUUAAAGGCAGCCUCACAAUUAACAAAAAUAUUUAUGAACCUGUUUACUGAUAUAACAAGAUUGGAUAUAUCCGAACCACUAAUAGCUACCUUAGAAAUAAUAGAAAAAGCUGUGUGCUCUAUUAAAAAAAACAUCGAAAUUAAUGGAGAAAAUAAAGAGUUUGAAGAAAUAGUUAAUAAUACCUUAGAAAUCUUGGUUUUAUUCAGGGAUCAGAUGGUUAAAAGACAAACUAUAUUCAAUCAAGUACAAUCGCCGAAAAAACCUAUAGUUAAUUUAAUUACGGAUUCAAUGACCAAAAGUGAGAACACACCUCGAAUUCAAGAAGAUUCUGCCCAACUCGAAAUUAAUAUCAACACUGUAAGCUUUUCAACAGAAAGUAUUCAACAUUUAAAAUCAUUACAAUCCGAGCCAAAUAUUUUUCUCACUUGGGGGUUUAAAGAUCAAGAAGAUAUUGCUUAUUCUCCGAGUCGAUUAGCUUGGGCCGCUGAUUUUAAUUGUAGCUGUUACUACCGCAGUAACAGUAGCACUGAACUUUUGCAUUUUGUUGCAAAGCAUGGUUUAUUUAUCAAUGUACAUUUAGUAACUGAAAAAUUAUCUCCGAUUAUAGCGUCUGGACUGGUGAACACCAUGGAUUCUAUAAACAAUCCUAUGAUUAAGUUCAAUUUAAUAGUGCCGAUUACAGGAAAAAAUAUCGAUGCAAAGUUGAAAUGCUCAAUACAACUCAUUUGCGACUAUCACGAGAUACAAACUUAUUCACAAAUGGUUGAUGAUGAAUAUAGCAACAUAGGAGUACCAAUAAACAAACCACUAAUACAAGCUGCACCGAACAAUUCAUACUAAAACGUUAUCAGUACUUGAAUUUAAUUAUUACCUAGGAUUAAAUAUACAUGUUUAUUGUUUAUAUUACUAAUUGUGAUAUUAGUUUUAGUGUGUCCUUACAUGGUGCUCUGCAGAAUUUCGUUUUUGAAUGAUGUGUUGUGUAUGAACUGUAAUGGUAGUAAUAAUAAUAUUCAAAAAGUAUAUUUUAAUAA